GUGUACGAAUGAAGACAUGGUUGUGGUGGAGUUUGGCCACAGUUGCAGGUGGAAUUGUUGUGGGAAAGGACUCCGCACCAGCUCUCCUGCAGAUCUCGGCUAGACAUCUGCCUCCCAUUCCGCAGCCUCCUUCGCAGCCUGCGCUUCCAGAGAUGCCGACGUUGCCACAAUCGGUGUUUGAUGUCUCUCCGCCCGCUGUACGACUGGCACCGACACCCCCGCCCAAUGCUUCUGCCAUUCCGUCCAUCACGAAGCAGAGGGAAGCAUGA